GACGGGAGUCGCGUCUGUACUGUGGAGACAAAAGCGGGGGAAAAGGUGAAAGAACGACGAGGAGUGUCGGGAGCCCCCUUCCCAGUCCACAUGGUCAGACAGUGAUGUCCAAUGGCCUCCAGGCCAGAGAUGUUUAUGCGAGAAGUGAACCGAAGAAGAGAAGAGCAGACACUUGGGGGGGAGAAGAGUUUUACACGGAGCAUGACCUCAACCAACAGAGAUAACGGGGUGGCUGAAAAGGCGGUGGUGCACAUUAAAACAGAGGACUGUGAGCGGGAUGCAGCAGAUGAUCUGUGUGUGAAACUGGAGGAUUGUGAAGGGGGAUCUUCCGUUUUUCAAGAGGAGGAGCGCAAGGAGACAAUUGAAAUUAAAGUCGAGGAACUGGAAGAUUUGUCUGUUAGACCUGAACUGCAAAACCGUGAAACUGGGGAGAUUUUCAAGGAAGAUAUCUGUGAAGAGUCUCACUACGGUUUACAGGCCUGGCUCAGUAAUACGGGACAACUGGCUACCCAGCAGAAUUCUCUGGAGCUGAAAUCGGAGUUUGAGGAGAAAGUCAGUGAAGGAAACGAAGAGCAGCCAUCGUCUGAAAGCAUGGAAAGAAAUUUGCAGGGGAAUGGCAACUUCACCCCAUCUUCAUUUACUCAGCCCUCUCUUCAGUGCCGACUACAAGACAAACUGGACAUAGAGAAGAUAAAGAGACCAACAAGAGGGUCAGAGAAUUUGGCCCCAGCCUCUUUACAGUGUAGUUCUCUUACUACUGUCAAAUUAAUACAGCAAGAAGUCGUCCACACGGAUCAAAAACAAAUAUGUGAAAUGAAUGAAGAGACAUUGCAGACCUACAGAAAAUGCAGAAAAAUGUUCAUAAACACUCCUGACUGUGAAGAUCAUAAGUUGAUUUGUACAAGAAAGAAGCCAUAUGCCUGUUCUGAAUGUGGCAAACAGUUCUCUUACAGCAGCGGUCUUAAUAGACACAUGCGAAGUCACACAGGCGAGAAACCCCAUUGCUGUUUAGAAUGUGGCAAACAAUUCUCAUAUAUAAGCAACCUUCAGACCCACAGAAGGAUCCACACUGGAGAGAAACCCCAUUGCUGUUCUGAAUGUGGGAAAGGAUUCUCACAAAUAAGCAGCCUUCAGAGGCACACAAGGAUUCACACUGGUGAAAAACCUUAUGGCUGUUCUGAAUGUGGCAAACGAUUCUCACAUCGAAGAAAUCUUCAGAGGCACAUGAGAGUCCACACUGGAGAAAAACCUUACGGCUGUUCUGAAUGUGGCAAACAAUUCUCUAACAGCAGCACUCUUGAGACACACACACGAAUUCAUACUGGAGAGAAGCCAUAUUCCUGUUCUGAAUGUGGUGUACUAUACUCCAGCAGCAGCAGUCUUUAUGAACACAGAAGAAUUCACACUGGAGAAAAACCUCACAGCUGUUCUGAAUGUGGCAAACGGUUCUCUUACAGCAGCGGACUUAAUAGGCACAUGAGAAUUCACACUGGAGAGAAACCUCAUUGCUGUCCAGAGUGUGGAAAACGAUUCUCACAGAUAAGCAACCUUCAGACCCACAGAAGGAUCCACACUGGAGAGAAACCUUACUGGUGUUCUGAAUGUGGUAAAGGAUUCACUGACAGUGGCAAUCUUCGGCAGCACAUACGAACUCACACUACAGAGAAGCCCUAUUGCUGUUCUAAAUGUGGCAAACGGUUCACUAAUAGUAAUGCUCUUCAGAGCCACACAAGAUUUCACACUAGAGAAAAGAAAAACAUAUUGCUGUUCAGAGUGUGGCAGACAAUGUCCUGAUCCUAGCAGUCUCCAAAAGAUACAUAUGCAAGGUUGUACUGUAGAAAGGUCAUGUUCUUGUUCUGAAUGUGGCAAACAAUUAUUUGACCAUAACAGGUAUCCAUGACACAGAUACAUUCACAGAGGAUAGAAGCCUUUUUUAUGUUCUGAGUGUGGCAAACAAUUCUCAAAGUAGCUGUCCUUGGUAGCACACACAAAUUUGUGCUAAAGAGAAGACAAAUUGGUGUUCUGAAUGUGGCAAAUGUUUUUUCACAAAGAUGUGGUCCAUAGGUACCACUCACACAUACUGGAAAGGACAGAAUUUGAGCUGUGCCAGCUGUGGAGACAGACAGACAGGUAGGUAGGUAGGUGAAAGGCACCAUUAGAUAGAUAGAUAGAUAGGGGAUAGUGCCAGG